AUGUGCAACAAGGCAGAGGAAUCUCUGGAUCACCUGCUUCUACAAUGUGAGGAAGCGCAGAAGGUACAGAGCUUCCUUUUAGGGAAGCUAGGAUGGAUGGUCCCUCUACCUAAUACAGUCCUUGACCUUUUCUCCAGUUGGAAGAUACCGAGCCGUAGGUCUGUUUUUUCCAACUUAUGGUUAGUGGCACCAUCCCUUGUUAUAUGGGAGAUUUGGAAGGAGAGAAACAGAAGGAUAUUCCAAGAAAAAGAAGAACCAAUGGAGAGUUUGUUGUUAAGGGUUGAAAGAGUGAUAGCUGAAUCCAUAUCAGUGGCAGCCAGAAACCAUAAUCUGGCAAAAUACCCCUACACUAGUGAGGAAAGAGAUAAUCAAGCUAAUUGGCCUCUUGUGAAUUAUCAACCCGUUAAUGGGUCCUUGCGGGUUAAUCGCCCUUUAGGAAAAGAGGAGGUCACAUGGGAACUGUCGAGCAAGGAAUGGAUAAAAAUAAACUUCGAUGGAGCAUCUAGGGGAAACCCAGGAGCCUCAGGAGUGGGAGUAGUUGCGAGAAAUGAUAAAGGGGUCAUCCUUUUCAAAGGAGCAUGA